AUGGCCGUAGCUGAUGGUCAUCAGUAUGGUUUCCUUCAGCAACUCUUUCUUGAGUUGGUGAAGAGUGAGUACUGCAAUCAUACCUUGUACAAAUUCUUUAAGGCUAAAGCGCUGAAGCUGGAGGCUAAAUUUCAUCAGAGGGACGAUGAACUUGAGUCUGCUCAAGAGUCUAUUGGAGCCAAAGAUAAAGAGAUUCAGGAGUUGAAAGAAAAGAUGAACGAGAAAGCGCAAGCUGGCACUGCCGAAGAAAAGCUUCGUCAGGAAGUAGCUUCUCUUCGUGGAGAUUUUGAGAAGCCGUGUGCUGAAGCUUCGUCUUCCAGAGGUGAGAGGAAUCGCCAAGCUUCCCGGAUUAAAGAACUGGUUGCGAAGAUCAUAAAGGAAGCAGACAAGUGGAAUGAUCGCGUCGCUCAGCAUAAUAAGAUGUUGGCAGAUGUGCGUAAGCAGAGAGAUUAUAUGAUAUCAUUGCAUAAUUCUCUUUCUGGUGCUCAUACUCAGUAUAAGGGUGUCAUGGAAUGGACACGCCAAUCCCUCCAUGAGGCUAGGAAGGAGAUUUCUCGACUGCAGGCGAAGGUGACGGACUUGGGAGUGAAGCUUCGUCAAGCCCGAUCAUCUCAUGGUCCUGACGUCCGGGAAUAUACACAACGAUUAGUUCGGGAGAGAUAUGAUGUUAGAGCAGAGGCACAUGCUCUUAGUAAAGCCUUGCCUGCUUAUCGUGUCGAUGUUGCCCGAUUGGUGGAUUCGGAAAAAAACCUAGAAGUUAACAUGUAUUGGCUCACCAAAGGGAUAGAGAAAAUGAGUAACGAAGUCAAUCGUCUUCAUCAUUUAGAUUCCAUGAAGCAGGUAGAGUUGGACGAGUGUCAAUUUGCUCUCAAAAACCUUCAACUGGAUUAUAAGAAAAUUUCCGAUGAAUACGAUUUCCUUGACGAAGCUCGAGACGCUGUAGUUAAUGAGUUUGAGAUAGCCUCGGCUAAUGUAGAAGAGCUCGAGAGACAGCUUGGCCUUAAAAAUGAAAAGCUUGACAAGGCUCAAUCUGAGCUAGUUAAUCAGCAAGGGCGGACAAAGUAUUAUGAAGGGCUAGCAGGGUCUCGAGACGUCGUAGCGAAGGAAUCAACGAAAGAAGUGGAGAGGAUGUCGUCUUUGUUGAAUCAGUCUGAGCUCAAGAUCAACGUUAUUACACAUGAGGCACGUCGUCAGCUUGCUGAAGAGGCUUGUAAUCACUUUUAUGAAAUGGAUCGUCAAUCUUCUUUUAUGUACAAUUUUGAUUUAUCUGCAUCGUCAGUUUGUUUUAGUGUCUUAGAGAAUAAAAGAUUCUAA